CCCACUUGCCAGCUGAGAACAACUGGAUUUGGACUAAUGAAAAAAGGAAUGGUCAGCUGUUGUCAGAGCAAAAUCAUGAGCAGGCGUUUGCUUUACCAUAUCUACUCCUUUUUGGGACUGUUGCCCUUUUGGGUGCUGUGCACAGCUUCUACCAACAAAUGUACUGUUAGACAUGAAAUAGCUGACUGCAGUCAUCUGAAGUUGACUCAAAUACCUGAUGACCUCCCAACAAACAUAACAGUAUUGAAUCUUACCCAUAAUCAGCUCAGAAGAUUACCACCUGCCAAUUUUACAAGAUAUAGUCAACUUAUUAUCUUGGAUGGAGGAUUUAACUCUAUCUCAAAGCUGGAGCCAGAAUUGUGCCAAAGUCUCCCUUUGUUGGAAAUUUUGAAGCUACAUCACAAUGAGCUCUCUCAUGUUUCCGAUAAAACCUUUAUCUUCUGCACGAAUUUGGCUGAACUCCAUCUGAUGUCCAACUCAAUCCAGAAAAUUCAAAACAAUCCCUUUAAAAACCUGAAGAAUUUAAUCAAAUUAGACCUAGCUCAUAAUGGUUUAUCAUCUACUAAAUUAGGAACUCAGCUCCAACUGGAAAAUCUCCAAGAACUUGUACUAUCAAAUAAUAACAUUUUUGCACUAAGACAAGAAGAACUUGAUUUCCUUGGCAGUUCUUCUUUAAAAAGAUUAGAGCUAUCAUCAAAUCAAAUAAAAGAGUUAUCUCCAGGGUGUUUCCAUGCAAUUGGAAAAUUAUUUGGCCUCUCUCUGGACAAUGCCAAACUGAGCCCCAGUCUCACAGAGAAGCUCUGCUUGGAAUUAUCAAACACAAGCAUUCAGAAUCUGUCCCUGAGCAACAACCAGCUGUACAGAACCAGCAACACAACUUUCAUUGGACUGAAGCAGACAAAUCUCACCAUGCUCGAUCUUUCCCAUAACAGCUUAAGUGUGAUUGGUAAUGAUUCCUUUGCUUGGCUUCCACAUCUAGAAUAUCUCUUUCUGGAGUAUAAUAACAUAGAGCAUUUGUCUUCUCGCUCUUUUUAUGGGCUUUCCAAUGUGAGAUACCUAAAUUUGAGACACUCUUUUACUAAACAAAGCACUUCCCUGGCUUCUCUUCCCAAGAUUGAUGAUUUUUCCUUUCAGUGGCUAAAAUGUCUGGAGGAUCUCAACAUGGAAGAUAACAACUUUGCAGGCAUAAAAAGCAAUACUUUCACGGGAUUGACAAGGCUGAGAUAUUUAAGUCUAUCCAACUCCUUCUCAAGUUUGCGAACUUUAACAAAUGAAACAUUUUUAUCGCUCGCUGGUUCUCCUCUGCUCAUACUCAACCUAACCAGAAAUAAAAUCUCAAAAAUAGAGAGUGGUGCUUUUUCUCGGUUGGGCCACCUACAUGUACUUGACCUUGGCCUUAAUGAAAUUGGGCAAGAACUCACAGGCCAGGAAUGGAGAGGUCUAGAAAAUAUUGUUGAAAUCUACCUUUCCUACAACAAAUACCUAGAGCUGACUAGCAACUCUUUUGCCUUGGUUCCCAGCCUUCAACGACUGAUGCUCCGAAGGGUGGCCCUUAAAAAUGUGGCUAUCUCCCCUUCACCUUUUCACCCUCUUCUUAACCUGACCAUUCUGGAUCUAAGCAACAACAACCUAGCCAACAUAAAUGAUGAACUGUUGAAGGGUCUUGAGAAACUAGAAAUUCUGGAUUUGCAGCAUAACAACUUAGCUCGGCUGUGGAAGCAUGCAAACCCUGGUGGUCCCGUUCAGUUUCUGAAGGGUCUUUCUCACCUCCACAUCCUUAACUUAGAGUCUAAUGGCUUUGACGAGAUCCCAGCAGGGGUCUUCAAGGACUUAACUGAAUUGAAGAGCAUCGAUUUAGGAUUGAAUAAUUUAAAUAUCCUUCCACCAUCUGUCUUCGAUAAUCAAGUGUCGCUAAAGUCUUUAAGCCUUCAGAAGAAUCUCAUAACAUCUGUUGAAAAGAAGGUUUUUGGGCCAGCAUUCAAAACCCUGAGUGAUUUAGACAUGCGCUUUAAUCCUUUUGAUUGUACAUGUGAAAGCAUUGCCUGGUUUGUCACUUGGAUUAACAGUAGUACCCACACCAACAUCUCUGAACUAUCAAGCCAUUACCUCUGCAACACUCCACCUCAGUAUCAUGGUUUCCCAGUGAUGCUUUUUGAUAUAUCACCCUGCAAAGACAGUGCCCCAUUUGAACUCCUCUUCAUUAUCAAUACCAGUAUCCUAUUGAUUUUUAUCUUUAUUGUACUGCUCAUCCAUUUUGAAGGCUGGAGGAUAUCUUUUUAUUGGAAUGUUUCAGUGCAUCGAGUUCUUGGUUUCAAAGAAAUAGACAAACAGCCAGAGCAGUUUGACUAUGCAGCAUAUAUAGUUCAUGCCUAUAAAGAUAGGGACUGGGUCUGGGAACACUUCUCCCCAAUGGAAGAAGAAGAUCAUACUCUCAGAUUUUGUCUGGAAGAAAGGGACUUUGAAGCAGGUGUCCUUGAACUUGAAGCAAUUGUUAAUAGCAUCAGAAGGAGCAGAAAAAUUAUUUUUAUGAUUACACAGAAUCUACUGAAAGAUCCAUUAUGCAAAAGAUUCAAGGUGCACCACGCAGUUCAGCAAGCUAUUGAACAAAAUCUGGAUUCCAUUAUAUUGAUCUUUCUUGAGGAUAUUCCGGAUUAUAAACUGAACCAUGCACUCUGUUUGCGAAGAGGGAUGUUUAAAUCUCACUGCAUCUUGAACUGGCCGCUUCAGAAAGAACGGGUAAAUGCCUUUCAUCACAAAUUGCAAGUAGCACUUGGUUCCAGAAAUUCAGUACAUUAAAUUUAUUUUAAGACUAAAUUAAAGGAGUAACUUUUGUCAUUUAAAAAAA